UUAUAAUUACAUGAAUAAUAGCGUGUCAAAAUGGGAGAAGAGGAAGCAUGUUUAGCAAUUAAUGAAAGGGGGUAGCUGGCACACCAUAAACUAUCAUCGUAUCUACUGCAUACAUUGCAUUUCGCGUGAAUCACUCACACAAAACCUUCUAUUCAUAUUGUCUUUCCGCAAGCAGGAGAUGAAAGGGGAUACAACAAAGAGUGGUGCAGAGUUGGAACUGAAGCUGAACCUGUGUUUCCCAGCAUCAUCAUCAUCAACGACAACGGAUGAAUCAUCAUUGGAAUCUUCGAACGCGUCAUCAGAGAUGUCGUGCGUGUCUUCAUCAGAAGAAGCAAAGCCAAUGGUGCUGGUAGGUUGUCUUGGGUGCUUGAUGUAUGUUCUUCUUUCAGGUGCUGAUCCCAACCCUAAGUGCCCCAACUGCAACAGUAGGGUCCUUCUUGAUAUCCUCAAGAACGAGAAGAUCAACAACCCAAUUCCAUAGCUACCUACCAACUUCAAAAAUAAAGUGCAUGCAUGUAUCUCUUUCAGAUUAUUUUAUUUUUCAUUUGUUACUGCUUGUUCAUUAAUAAUAGUACUUAGAUUAUAUUUAUUUAUAUUACUUUUUUCGUUGUAUCUUGUAUUCAAUUCUUGUGGAUGAUGAAGGGAAUUGAAGAUCAGGAGAUUUGAUUUAUAAUAUAAACAUGAUUAUAUAUGCUUUGUUUA